CGUGGCGACCUGCAGAACACGACGGUCGACGCCCUCACACACCAGGUCUCCUCGGCCAACUCGCUCUUCUCGCACGUGCAGAACCCGUCCGAGGCCGUCCUCGACUCGCGCGUCCUCAUGGCCACGUCCGAGGCCGGUGCGCUCAAGGCGCGCCAGCUCAAGAUUGACGCCGACGCGUUCGACACGGACGAGUUCCUCGCGCGCCUCAGGCGCUUCCUCGGCGGCGAGGCGGCGAGGAGCGACCGCGCGAGGAGGCGCGACCGGACGACGGGCGGCGGCGGUCGCGCGAGGGGGAGGAGGGCCGCGAGCGACGAGGACGAGCUCGAGGACAGCCAGGAGGACGACGACGUUGCGCUCCUGUGGGGGCGUGCCGGGCAGGUCCUCGCCGGCGAGAGCAAGCGUCCGGCGCCGCUCGACUUCAUGUACGGCCCGCUGCAGCUCGAGAUCAAGGAGAAGAAGGCGCGCACGCAGAGGGCCAAGAACAAGGUCGACGAGGCGGACCGCAUGCGGCCUGAGGAGCUCCAGGCCGAGGACGUCGCCAAGAACGAGAACGAGACGGGCAAGGUCGUCGCCAAGGUGCGUCCUCGCGCUCUCCUCCCUCGCCUUCACCUGUCGGCCGUGGCGGCCGCGACCGGCAUCCCGUACCUCAAGUUCGUUGUCAACCCGCACUCGUUCAGCCAGACGGUCGAGAACUGCUUCUACUUCUCGUUCCUCGUCCGCGAGCAGAAGGCGGCCAUCGAGGUCGACGAC